AUGUCAAGUUUUCAUGCCUUCAGUGACUUUGUGAAUAGAAACCUUGAGGAAGAUGAAGCAAAAAGAGGAGAAAAAGUAUGGUUUACUAAUUACCAACUAGAGAAGCAAAAAGAAGGACCAUUCUGGCCUGUUGUAGAUAUCUUUGUCCACAAAAAUGCAGACCGGAAAGAUGAGAAACAUACAAGUAAAAAGAGAGAUGAUAUAUGGACUAAGAACCCAAACUCAAUUCUGAAAAUUGUGAGACAGUACCGCCAUGAAAUUUGUGAUUCAGGGGGACAUUAUUUCAUGUUUGAUACUACCAAGAAGAACAAGCAAGUGGCAGUAAAGAGUGAACCUGAGGAUUUGUUUCUAUUUUAUGGGAUUAAGAUGGUGCCAAUGGAAGUUGAAAAAGGGGAAGAUGUAAAAACUGCAGCUGAAAAUAAAUACGGUCCGCUGAUAAACAGAUUGACUCUUAAGAAACGAACUGAGCUGGGAAAAAAAGAUGUGGAGAAGGAAAUCGCAAACGGAAGUAUGAUUAGCAAGAACCACUUUGCACACUUUUUUGAGUCUUUGGAUAGGAUGAAGAGAACUUGCUGGCCAGUUCAUAUACAUGAGUAUCUCAUGGAGAGCAUUAAGAAACAUCAGGAUUCACCACUUAAAGUUAAUGGUUGUGUGCUUUAUCUGUUGGCUUAUAAUGAUGAAGAACGAUUUCUUUUGGAUGAGUACCGGAGGAAGAAACAAGAAAAUAUCAUAGAUGUUGUGAAAGAAAAGCUGCGAAUUUCAGAUAUGCGAAGAAAGGAGUUGGAUGAGGAGCUUAGUGAAGUUCUGGAUGGGCAAGAAAGGCUUCUUAGUUUCGUUGAAGAGAAAAGACUAAAAGUUAAUGAAGAGGAGGAGGAUGAGGAUGAUGGUGAGGAGCACAAGGAAGAUGAUGAGAUUGAGGAGGAUGAGGAUGAGGAGGAUGACAAGGUUGAGUAG